AGAGCUCUUCACGCUGACGUACGGCGCUCUGGUCACCCAGCUGUGCAAGGACUACGAGAACGACGAGGACGUCAACAAGCAGCUUGACAAAAUGGGUUACAACAUUGGUGUUCGGCUCAUAGAAGACUUUCUGGCCCGGUCCAACGUCGGAAGGUGCCAUGAUUUCCGUGAAACUGCAGAUGUUAUUGCAAAGAUAGCGUUUAAGAUGUACCUGGGCAUCACUCCGAGCAUCACCAACUGGAGUCCUGGAGGUGACGAGUUCUCCCUGAUCCUGGAAAAUAACCCCUUGGUGGACUUUGUGGAGCUCCCUGACAACCACUCAUCUCUCAUCUAUUCCAACCUGUUGUGCGGGGUGCUGCGAGGGGCCCUGGAAAUGGUGCAGAUGGCUGUAGAUGUCAAAUUUGUCCAGGACACACUGAAGGGUGACAGCGUCACAGAAAUAAGGAUGAAGUUCAUCAGGCGGAUUGAAGACAAUCUUCCAGCUGGGGAGGAGUGAAUCACAGGCCAGUCUGCCUUUGGGACCGGUUUGGCCGUUAGCUCCCAUCAGAGAUCUGUAGGGAUCUAGUGCCCCUGUACACUCAGACUGACUCACUGACUGGUUAAGAUGUUAUUAUAUUCUUCUACUGUUACUUUCAUCUUCUGUAGAGGACAAUUGUCUGGUUGCUGUUUAUUUCACAGGUUCAUUCUG